AUGCCAACCACCGCUGACGGGUACUCCUGGCGAAAGGAGACCGGCAUCAAGAAAGGUGGACUCAGCUGUCGGGGUGUCAUUGAGCCCCAGGAGAAGUACACUGCUCCUACAGGCCACAUCUUCGAUGCCAUUGUUAUCGGGGCCGGGUACAGCGGUCUGAGGGCGGCCAGGGAUUUGACAGACUAUGGCCUGUCUGUACUCAUGCUCGAGGCGCGGGAUCGUAUCGGUGGACGAACGUAUACUGUUGAAUCGGAUGGCUGUCUCUAUGAAAUGGGUGGAACAUGGGUGACCCACCACAUGGGAUACCUGUUCCAAGAGAUGACACGGUACAAGCUGGAUCGCGACCUCGUUCUAACUCAUCAUCGAGGAUACGACAACGACUACUACACGAUCAAUGUUCCCGGAGCCACACCUCGAAAGCUCACACACGAAGAAGCCGGCGAAAUCACCAGUCGAGCAUGGAACGUGUUCGUCAACGUCGACGGCCAGGACUGUCGACAGAUCUGCCCGCUCCCCCACGCCCUCCUCGACAACAUCCUCGUGGACCGCAAACAAGUCGAGCGCUACGAUAGAAUCUCCUGCCGCGAGAGGUUCGAGGAGAUCAAGCAUCUUCUCACGGCGGAGGAAGCCGGCAUCUUGACCGCUCUCAUUCUCCAUAUCUCAGGCGGCACUAUGGAGAACUCGAGUCUAUGGGAUAUGAUCCGUUCGCAUUCGCUCAUGGUGCAUUCCUCCGAAAACUUUGGGCCGAUCUGGACGACGUUCAAGCUUCGAGAGGGCCAGUCGGCUCUGGCCGGGGCGAUGUUUCAGGACGCUGUGAAGAACGGACUCCAGUACUCUUUCGAGACACCGAUCAAGUCAAUCAUUGAUCAGUCCAGCUCACUUGUCAGUGCUGUGUCGCAUUCUGGGAGGGAAUUCCGUGCUCGUCGAGUCGUCAGCACCAUCCCUUUGAACGUGCUGCACUCGAUCCACUUUGAUCCGCCGCUCUCCUCGGUCCGCCAGCAGGCGAUUCAAAUCGGGCAUGUGAACUACAUGACAAAGAUCCAUGCCGACGUUAAAGAAACAGGAUUGACAUCUUGGAACGGGAUGAGGUUUCCCGGUCUACUGAUGUUCGGCUACGGCGACGGAGUCACGCCCAACGGCGACGCGCAUAUCGUGGGCUUUGGCAAAGAUGAACGAGACACGUUCGUCCCGGAGAGAGAUCCCCAAAAAGCGAUUGAGUCGUUUAAGAAACUCCAUCCGAUGGAGGUCAAGAAAAUGAUUUUCCACAACUGGAACACAGACCCAUGGUCCCAGGGUGGGCCUGCCUGGUGGCCGCCCCAGUUCAUGUCCAAGUAUCAGGACGAAUUGCAGAAGCCGCAUGGUCGCGUUUUCUUUGCGUCUGCUGACUGGGCGCAUGGUUGGCGGGCUGCGAUAGACGGUGCUUUGGAGCAGGGGUCUCAUUCUGCGUUACAGAUCAAAGAUGAGCUGAAGAGCGCUCGAGAGCAGAGUGUUAAAGCGAGGAUCUAG